GGCAUGGUAUAGCGUAGCGAACCAGUCCACAGUCGUCCAUAAGUAUACAGUUCUGCGCACACGCAUAUGUUCGAUGUUCUUAACGCGCAAGUGAAAUCGAAAUACCGUUGUGUAUUAUGUGAUUUCUCCCUAUUACUUCUAUAACCUCAAACAGAUUUGCUGCAUCACAAUUCAUUACAGGCUCCACAGUGGCUCCAAUCAAUUCGAAACCUGGAGCCGGUUCCACAAGCAAAAGUGGGGCCGGUUUAGGAAAGACAUCAUCGUCGUAUGGGAAAAGUUCGUCAACAUUCGGGAAAAAUGACAAAAGUAGUGGCAGCUCCAUUGCGCCUAAAAUAAGCAAGUCGUCUAUGCCAGUAUUAGGUGGAAAGAGUUCUAGUGGAUCUUCGGGUAUCAGCAAAAACUACCCAUCUUUCACUCCACCAAAAAGCAGCAAGCCUUCAGUCAGUUUGGGUAUAAUAUGGAUUCCAACGAGAAAAAAUAAGAAAAAAGAAGCUGUUUAUAAACCCAAUAACUACAAAUAUGAUUAUUCGGAUAAAUCACCAUCAAUGUACAAAUUUAUGUCUGGAGACUCCCCUGAUUACGACCUGUACAAAAAGAAAGAAGAAGAAGCUAACCUGUUGAUUCCUGAGAGGAGCAAAGCACCUUUAGCGACAAUUGCGAGUGCUGAAGUAGCAGCGGCGGCGGUGGAUGUCCCACCACCUGAAAAUGUUGGCAGUAUUCCAGACGAAAAACAAGAGCUCUUGAAGUUUGAUAAAGAUGAAACCAAGGAUGGUUCCGGAGAUACAAAAGAAAAAGAUGACAAAACUGAUAAUGAUGAAGAUUAUCUCGAGAACAAAGAUAUUGAAAAGAAAUCAACAGACGGUAAGUGGGAUAAGGAUAAGUUUGCCGACAAUGUAGAUAGUGUCUACUUAAGGCCCCCUCCGCCACAUAAGGCCCGCUCUACAGCUUCCACUGCUGAAGAAAAAGACUGCUGCAUUGAAUGCCUGUAUUACACACUUCAGUGUUGUGAUUGUGUCUUAAUGUAAACAAUGCAUUUUCAUUGGUGAAAAUUCAGUGGGUUUACUCUUAUUGAUAGACCAUAGUGUUAACAUGACUGAAAGUAAAACUUAGAUAAAACAUAUUAUUGAUCUAGCUACCUUUUACCCACUAUAGUAAUUUUAAACAGAUCAUUUCUAUUUAUUUCUCGGAUUGUUUACUCAAAAAAUUAAACAAUAAAAAUAAUUAUAUAUUCUUUACUUUUAGUGCAACACUAAUUUGGUCCUUUUAAUUUUUAUACUAUUAUCAAAUACAUUGAAUUUUCAUCAGUUAUAUCCGAAUUAGAUUCAUUAACAUUAAUAAAAACAAUGCCAUUGUUGCAUACUUAAUUAAUAACUUAGAAUAAGUUCUUUAUAAUUUAAAUAACUAAGUUGCCAUUAAAAUGUAUCAUUUACAUUUGAGUCUCCAACCUUGCCUUAACAACCUUCUCUGUUGUUUUCAACAAAUUUCUUUUUUUGUUUUUAUAUUUUUUGAAGUAAUAAUAUUCAUGUGUACAUCAUCCUAGUAUGUCGUCAUAGUUCCUAGUAAAAUGUUUAUAAUAAUUUAUAGAGCGAAUUAUGAUUCUGAAAGAAAUUGUAUGCAUGAAGCCUUUAUUUUUGUUUAAUACCUUUAUAUAAUUUUUAUGUUGUUUCCUUGCAAUUUAAGGUUGUGUGUGAGCUGUGUUGAAAUGUGUGCUUCAAACAGCUUACAUUUUAUUAGGUUUCUUUAUAUAGUUAUUUGAUAAAAUGUACAUUCCAUUAAAUUGCUUGAUACCGCUGACAUAACUUUAUCAAAUGAUAUAUUUUCUAUUCAUGAAUUUACAUGUAUUUUGAUAACUAAAUAUACAUACUAUAAAUUUUGUGGUAUUUAGAGGUAUUUUUAAUGGAUAUAAGUAACGAGAUUAUAUGUAAUUCUCAAUAUCUUUGCCUAUGUAAAUUUUACAGGUGCUCAAUAAGUUAAAUUUAUAUAAAUUAGGGUAUCAAAACUUGACCUCAUGUUAAUUCUAUGAAAUUGACUUUCUUAAUAUUAUUAAUUGUCUUGUAACAAAAUAUAUCUUGUAACAAGGCGAUAUUCCAUAUAGUACUUUUUGUACUUUGAUAUUAAAGUAGUAAAUAUUUUCAAUAAAUUUACAUAAAUUUCAA